UUACAAUGCAGGCAUGUGGUGAUAAAAAAGGGUUUGUAUAACUUAAAAUGAUGGGAUCUCUAGAGGCUACCUUGUUUCUCAUAUGAAGGGUGUUGUUUCAAAUGAGGGCAUGGAAACUAGUAAGUACUGGCUUUUGUUUUUGUUGUACACCUUCCAGAAAUUUUUGACUGAAGACUCUAUGUACUGGAGUUCUUUCCAUACAGAGCUGACUGAUAUUUGAAGAAAAUUUUCGUUUCUCCAACCAAGAAAAAUAUGAUUUAUCUUUUCCAAGCUUCACUCUUGUUCUUAAAUCUAUGUACUUUUACUUGUGGAGAAGCUAUACAAGGUAACUGUGUGCAUCAUUCUACGGAUUCUCCAGUGGUUAACACUGUAGAAGAUGAAUCUAAUGCAAAAGGUGAAAGUAAAAGUAAUGCUACUGUUUAUAAAGAAGAUUGUGAGGAAUCAUGUGAUAUUAAAACUAAAAUUACACGAGAAGAAAAACAUUUCAUGUGUAGAAAUUUGCAAAAUUCUAUUGUUUCUUAUACAAGAAGUACCAAAAAACUACUAAGAAAUAUGAUGGAUGAGCAGCAAGCUUCCUUGGAUUAUUUAUCUAAUCAGGUUAAUGAGCUCAUGAAUCGAGUUCUCCUUUUGACCACAGAAGUUUUUAGAAAACAGCUGGAUACUUUUCCUCACAGACCAGUUCAGUCACAUGGUUUAGACUGUACUGAUAUUAAAGAUACCAUUGGCUCUGUCACCAAAACACCAAGUGGUUUGUAUAUAAUUCACCCAGAAGGCUCUAGUUACCCAUUUGAGGUAAUGUGUGACAUGGAUUACAGAGGAGGUGGAUGGACUGUGAUACAGAAAAGGAUCGAUGGGAUAAUUGAUUUCCAAAGGUUGUGGUGUGAUUAUCUGGAUGGAUUUGGUGAUCUUUUAGGUGAAUUUUGGCUAGGGCUGAAAAAGAUUUUUUAUAUAGUGAAUCAGAAGAACACCAGUUUUAUGCUGUAUGUGGCACUGGAAUCUGAAGAUGACACAUUCGCUUAUGCAUCAUAUGAUAAUUUUUGGCUAGAGGAUGAAACAAGAUUUUUUAAAAUGCACUUAGGACGAUAUUCAGGAAAUGCUGGUGAUGCGUUCCGGGGCUUCAGAAAUGAAGAUAAUCAAAAUGCCAUGCCUUUUAGCACAUCAGAUGUUGAUAAUGAUGGAUGUCGCCCUGCAUGCUUCAUCAGUGAUCAGUCUGUGAAGAGCUGCAGCCACCUCAAUAACAAUACUGGCUGGUGGUUCAACCAGUGUGGUCUCGCAAAUCUGAAUGGCAUUCAUUACUUCCCUGGAAAAUUGCUUGCAACUGGAAUUCGAUGGGACACAUGGACCAAAAACAACUCACCUGUCAAGAUUAAAUCUGUUUCAAUGAAAAUUAGAAGAACUUACAAUCCAUAUUUUAAGUAAUCUCAUUUUAAAUUGUAAUGUGUCUCACCGUUAUUUUUGAUAAUAUAUAAAAUAUUUUACAUAGUUUCUCUUUUUACUGAGUGUUUCAAACAUGUUAGCCAAAAUUUAACCAUAGAUGACAUCUAGGUAUUAUGAGUCUAAUUAGAAAUCUUUAAUUCUGUAGCGUUUUAUAAAGGAAAACAUGGUUCAAUGUAUGCUUUUCCUGCCAAUUUUAUUAACAGUAUAUAAUAAAAUUUGUUUUGAGUGAAU